GUACUGUUUGGUUUGGUUUUUCCUUCUCAUACAAUCUGGGAGCCACACAACAAAUCUUCCCCCUUUUUCUCGCUCAACUAAAUCUCCGCCAAUGACCACCCAAGCUUCCGCCUUCUCCCUCGCCGCUCCCUCCGUCGCAACCCCGUUCCGCCGCCGCCACCGCAAUCCCCUUCUUGUUCGAGCUGCAGUGGAACCUUCUGAUAAAUCCGUUGAAAUUAUGAGGAAGUUCUCAGAGCAGUACGCUCGUAAGUCAGGAACAUACUUUUGUGUUGACAAGGGAGUAACUUCAGUUGUCAUCAAGGGGUUGGCUGACCAUAAAGAUUCAUUGGGUGCACCACUGUGCCCUUGCCGGCAUUAUGACGAUAAAGCUGCUGAGGCUGCGCAAGGAUUUUGGAAUUGCCCUUGUGUUCCCAUGAGAGAGAGGAAGGAAUGCCACUGCAUGCUAUUUCUCACUCCUGAUAACGACUUUGCUGGCGACGAACAGGCUAUCACCUUGGAGGAAAUUAAAGAAUCAACAGCUAAUAUGUAACACUCAGAAUAUUGUGUAUUGAGUUACUUGUUAGUUGUUACGGGCUGUAUGCUUUGAAAGACAAGUCAAAAGAAAGGUGUAAUGAUAUGUAGGUAUUAUAUUUGUAUUUACCAAAAAUCCUAUGUAAUUUUUUUUAUCUGCAUUCCUAUCUUACUCUAUCACAAAUUUCAGUCA